CCGCCCGCCGGCAGCGCCCCGGGCCCGGCCCGCCCGGGCAGCAAACGGCUGCCGCAGGCCAUCGUGGUGGGCGUCAAGAAGGGCGGCACCCGCGCCGUGCUGGAGUUCAUCCGCGUGCACCCCGACGUGCGCGCCCUGGGCACCGAGCCUCACUUCUUCGACCGCAACUACGACCGCGGGCUGGAGUGGUACAGGAGCCUGAUGCCACGCACACUUGACAGCCAGAUCACGGUGGAGAAGACCCCCAGCUACUUCGUCACCAAGGAGGCCCCACGGCGGAUCUUCAACAUGUCGCGGGACACCAAGCUGAUCGUGGUGGUGCGCAACCCCGUCACCCGCGCCAUCUCGGACUACACACAGACGCUCUCCAAGAAGCCUGACAUCCCCACCUUCGAGGGGCUGUCCUUCCGCAACCGCAGCCUGGGGCUGGUGGACACCUCCUGGAACGCCAUCCGCAUCGGGAUGUACGCUGUGCACCUGCAGAGCUGGUUGCAGUACUUCCCCCUCUCCCAGAUCCACUUUGUCAGCGGGGAGAAGCUGAUCACUGACCCAGCUGGGGAGAUGGGCAAGGUGCAGGACUUCCUGGGCAUCCGGCGGGUCAUCACCGACAAGCACUUCUACUUCAACAAGACAAAAGGCUUUCCUUGCCUGAAAAAAACAGAGAGCAACAGCUCACCACGCUGCCUGGGCAAAUCCAAGGGGAGGACUCACGUGCAGAUAGACCCCGAGGUGAUAGAGCAGCUUCGGGACUUUUACAGACCUUACAACAUCAAGUUCUAUGAAACAGUCGGGCAGGACUUCAGGUGGGAAUGAGCAGCCGGGAGUGGAGCUGCGGUGACAUGAGCUGCAGUCUUCCACGAGGGCAGUGGGGAGGCAGGGCCAGGACCUGCACCAGCCCCAUCCUUCAUGGCAGGAGGGGACCAGGGUGCUGCAGGGUGAGCGGGACCAGGACCGCAGUUUCCCACUGCAGCUGCAGGGCAAGUGUCACAGGUGCUGCCAUCCCAAUGCACAGCUGUGGAGUUCCGUGUGGUGGUGCUGUGGUGAUGGCCCCACUUCCAGGGUAUGUCCCUCCUCAGCACCCCAAAGGGAACUGGGGUGCCUGGGCAACCCCCGCUGCAUGGGACGUGCCCAGGGCAGGCAGGGCUCUGCAGCCCGCUGCCUUCUGUCCCUGCAGAGCAGUGCGGCCGUCAGGAGGGUGAGAUGUAUCUGCUUGAAACAAAACGUCUUUGAAACAUGUUGUACCAAUAUUUUGUCCUGUGAAUAAAGCACAGAAUCCUGCUGUUACGGGUACUUUAGUGGCACUAGCGUCCUUGUUCAGCAUGUGAUCCCUUGUGUAA